UGGCGCGAGCUGGGCUCAGUCAAUCAGAACAAUGACUGCUCCUGCGCCCGCUACUGCUCCGUCGGAGCCCCCGGAGCGCGGCUGAGCCCCAGCGCGGCGGCUGCAGCGGCGCCAGCACCAACAGCGGCGUGGGCGACGCGCUGCGAGCAUGUGGAUCCCGACGGAGCACGAGAAGUUCGGCGUGGUAAUAGCCAGUUUUCGAGGAACAGUCCCACAUGGAUUGUUGUUGGAGAUUGGAGAUACAGUUCAAAUCCUAGAGAAAUGUGAUGGUUGGUACAGAGGAUUUGCCUUAAAAAAUCCAAAUAUUAAGGGCAUAUUUCCCUCGAACUAUAUUCAUCUGAAAAAUGCAUGUGUUAAGAACAAAGGGCAGUUUGAAAUGGUUAUUCCAACAGAAGACUCGGUUAUCACAGAGAUGACAUCUACUUUGAGAGACUGGGGAACAAUGUGGAAACAACUUUAUGUGAGAAAUGAAGGGGAUCUCUUUCACCGUCUGUGGCACAUAAUGAAUGAAAUCCUAGACCUGCGAAGGCAAGUGCUUGUUGGCCAUCUGACCCAUGACCGGAUGAAGGAUAUCAAACGGCAUAUCACUGCUCGCUUGGAUUGGGGCAAUGAACAAUUGGGUUUAGAUUUGGUUCCAAGAAAAGAAUAUGCUAUGGUGGAUCCUGAAGAGAUCAGCAUUACAGAACUCUAUAGACUGAUGGAGCAUCGUCAUAGAAAGAAAGAUACUCCUAUCCCAGCAAGUAGCCACCAUUUAUUCGUGCAGAUGAAGAGCCUGAUGUGCUCCAAUUUAGGAGAGGAACUGGAAGUCAUCUUCUCACUUUUUGACAGUAAAGAGAAUCGACCAAUCAGUGAGAGGUUUUUUUUAAGACUGAAUAGGAAUGGUUUGCCAAAAUGUCCAGAGAAGCCAGAAAGACAUUGCUCUCUCUUCGUGGAUUUGAGUAGCAGUGAGCUUAGGAAGGACAUCUAUAUCACUGUUCACAUUAUACGGAUAGGCCGAAUGGGAGCUGGAGAGAAGAAAAAUGCUUGCAAUGUACAAUACCGCCGGCCCUUUGGCUGUGCAGUCCUCAGCAUUGCAGAUCUACUGGCAGGAGACUCAAAAGAUGACCUCAUCUUAAAAGUAUACAUGUGCAACACAGAGAGUGACUGGUAUCAGAUCCAUGAAAACAUCAUCAAAAAGCUAAAUGCUCGUUACAACCUGACAGGCUCCAAUGCUGGUCUAGCUGUUUCACUUCAAUUGCUUCAUGGAGAUAUUGAACAAAUAAGGAGGGAGUACACAUCUAUAUUUACCCAUGGAGUAUCAAUAACAAGGAAGCUGGGUUUUUCCAAUAUUAUUAUGCCUGGUGAAAUGAGGAAUGAUUUAUACAUCACUGUAGAAAGAGGAGAGUUUGAAAAGGGAGGGAAAAGUGUGGCCAGAAAUGUGGAAGUAACAAUGCACGUUGUGGACAGUUGUGGUCAAAUUUUAAAGGAUUUUAUCUCCUUUGGUUCUGGGGAGCUGCCAGCUAGUGAGUACCACUCCUUUGUCCUUUAUCAUAACAACAGUCCCAGAUGGGCUGAGCUACUGAAACUUCCUAUUCCUGUGGAUAAAUUCAGAGGAGCACACAUCCGCUUUGAAUUCCGACAUUGUUCCACAAAAGAAAAAGGUGAAAAGAAGUUGUUUGGCUUUUCUUUCGUGGCUCUGAUGCAGGAAAAUGGGAGGACAUUGCCAGAUGGCACUCAUGAACUCAUUGUGCACAAGUGUGAAGAAAACACAAGCCUUCAGGAUUCUAGUCGCUACCUCAAACUCCCCUUUUCAAAGGGAAUUCUCCUAGGGAACAACAGCCAAGCAGUAAAAACUACUAAAGAGUCUUUCUGGAUUACAUCUUUUCUCUGCUCCACUAAGCUCACACAAAAUGGCGAUAUGCUUGACCUUCUCAAAUGGCGAACCCAUCCAGACAAAAUAGCAGGUUGCCUCUCAAAAUUAAAAGAAAUCGAUGGUUCAGAAAUAGUGAAGUUUCUUCAAGACACACUGGACACUUUAUUCGGGAUUUUAGAUGAAAAUUCUCAAAAAUAUGGGUCUAAAGUAUUUGAUUGUUUGGUUCACAUAAUAAAUUUGCUGCAGGACAGCAAAUUUCAUCAUUUUAAGCCAGUAAUGGAUACUUACAUUGAAAGUCAUUUUGCAGGUGCACUUGCGUACAGAGAUCUUAUAAAAGUACUGAAAUGGCAUAUUGAUCGAGUAACAGAAAUAGAGCUACAGGAGCAUAUCCAGGAAGUGUUAAAGGCACAGGAAUAUAUUUUUAAAUAUAUAGUUCAGUCUCGGAGACUAUAUUCUCUUGCUACUGGUGGACAAAAUGAGGAAGAAUUCCGGUGCUGUAUUCAGGAACUCCUUCUGUCAAUUCGAUUCUUCCUUUCCCAAGAGAGCAAGGGAGCAAGUGCUUUAUCUCAAUUACAAACUGUAUUUCUCAGCUCAUUCCCAGCUGUAUACUCAGAAUUGCUGAAGCUCUUUGAUGUGCGAGAAGUGGCAAAUUUGGUGCGUGAUACUUUAGGCAGCUUGCCAACAAUCAUGCAUGGGGAUGAAUCUCUUCAAGCUGUUAAACUUCAGUGCAUUGGAAAAACAGUGGAGAGUCAACUGUACACUAACCCAGAUUCCAGAUAUAUUCUUCUUCCAGUAGUUUUGCAUCAUCUCCACAUGCAUUUACAAGAGCAGAAGGAUCUGAUAAUGUGUGCUCGUAUCCUUAGCAACAUAUUUUGUCUCAUCAAGAAAAAUAGCUCAGAAAAAUCAGUCUUGGAAGAAAUUGAUGUGAUCGUGAACAGCCUGUUAGACAUACUGUUGAGAACCAUACUGGAGAUUACAAGCCGACCUCAGCCAUCCGGGUCUGCAAUGCGCCUCCAGUUUCAAGAUGUGACUGGGGAGUUUGUCUCCUGCCUCUUGUCACUCUUACGACAAAUGACAGACAGACAUUACCAGCAACUUCUUGAUAGCUUCAACACCAAGGAUGAGCUAAGGGAUUUCCUGCUGCAGAUUUUUACUGUAUUUCGAAUUCUGAUACGACCAGAGAUGUUUCCAAAAGACUGGACAGUGAUGCGUUUGGUGGCUAACAAUGUUAUCAUUACAACAGUCCUGUACCUUUCUGAUGCCCUUCGUAAAAACUUCUUAAAUGAAAACUUUGAUUACAAGAUCUGGGAUUCCUACUUUUAUCUUGCGGUCAUUUUUAUAAAUCAGUUAUGUCUGCAAUUGGAAAUGUUCACACCUUCCAAGAAGAAAAAGGUAUUGGAAAAAUAUGGUGACAUGCGGGUAACAAUGGGCUGCGAAAUCUUCAGCAUGUGGCAAAAUUUAGGGGAACAUAAACUCCACUUCAUCCCCGCAUUGAUUGGCCCCUUCCUAGAAGUGACAUUGAUACCUCAGCCAGACUUACGGAAUGUAAUGAUUCCCAUUUUCCAUGACAUGAUGGACUGGGAGCAAAGGCGCAGUGGCAACUUUAAACAGGUGGAAGCUAAACUGAUUGACAAAUUGGAUAGCUUGAUGUCAGAAGGCAAGGGUGAUGAAACCUACCGGGAGCUCUUCAAUAGCAUAAUUCCACUCUUUGGUCCCUAUCCUAGCCUACUGAAGAAAAUUGAGCGGGAAACAUGGAGAGAAAGUGGCGUUUCAUUAAUUGCUACUGUAACACGUCUAAUGGAGAGGUUACUCGACUACAGGGACUGCAUGAAAAUGGGGGAAGUGGAUGGUAAAAAGAUUGGCUGCACUGUUAGCUUGUUGAAUUUUUAUAAGACUGAAUUGAAUAAAGAAGAGAUGUAUAUUCGGUAUAUUCAUAAGCUUUAUGACCUUCAUCUGAAAGCACAAAACUUCACAGAGGCAGCCUACACACUAUUGCUGUAUGAUGAGCUAUUGGAAUGGUCCGACAGGCCACUGAGAGAAUUUCUAAAUUAUCCCAUGCAAACAGAAUGGCAACGCAAAGAGUGUCUUCACCUCACUAUCAUCCAGAACUUUGACAGGGGGAAAUGUUGGGAGAAUGGUAUUAUCUUGUGCAGAAAAAUUGCAGAGCAGUAUGAGAGCUACUAUGACUACCGAAAUCUCAGCAAGAUGAGGAUGAUGGAAGCUUCCUUGUAUGAUAAAAUUAUGGAUCAACAGCGUUUGGAGCCAGAAUUCUUCAGAGUAGGAUUUUAUGGCAAAAAAUUUCCAUUUUUCCUGAGAAACAAGGAGUUUGUUUGCCGAGGACAUGACUAUGAGAGACUGGAGGCUUUCCAACAACGAAUGCUGAAUGAGUUCCCACAUGCCAUUGCUAUGCAACAUGCUAAUCAGCCAGAUGAGACCAUCUUUCAGGCAGAAGCACAGUAUUUGCAGAUCUAUGCAGUGACCCCAAUUCCUGAAAGUCAGGAAGUCCUGCAGCGAGAGGGCAUCCCAGAUAAUAUCAAGAGUUUUUAUAAAGUGAAUCACAUCUGGAGAUUCCGGUAUGACAGGCCAUUCCACAAAGGGACCAAAGAUAAGGAGAACGAAUUCAAGAGCCUGUGGGUAGAGAGGACCACACUGAUCUUAGUACAGAGUUUGCCUGGGAUAUCUCGUUGGUUUGAAGUAGAAAAACGUGAAGUAGUGGAAAUGAGUCCUCUUGAGAAUGCUAUUGAAGUGCUGGAAAAUAAGAACCAGCAGCUGAGAACACUGAUUAGUCAGUGUCAGACUCGACAGAUGCAGAAUAUUAACCCACUCACAAUGUGUCUGAAUGGGGUCAUAGAUGCAGCAGUUAAUGGUGGUGUUGCUAGGUACCAAGAGGCAUUCUUUGUGAAGGACUACGUCUUGAACCACCCAGAGGAUGGUGAGAAGAUCACACGCUUGAGAGACCUGAUGUUUGAGCAGGCCCAGAUUCUAGAAUUUGGCUUAGCUGUGCAUGAGAAGUUUGUGCCUCAAGAUAUGAGACCUUUACACAAAAAGCUAGUGGAUCAAUUCGGUGUGAUGAAAUCAAGUUUGGGAAUACAGGAGUUUUCUGCAUGUGUUCAAGCAAGUCCUGUUCACUUCCCUAAUGGCAGUCCACGGGUAUGUAGAAAUUCAGCGCCUCCUUCUAUGAGCCCAGAGGGUGCCAGGGUAAUUCCUAGACGCAGUCCAUUAAGUUACCCAGCUGUCAACAGGUAUUCAUCUUCAUCAUUGUCAUCACAAGCUUCUGCUGAAGUCAGCAAUAUUACUGGGCAGUCAGAAAGCUCUGAUGAAGUUUUUAACAUGCAGCCUAGUCCAUCUACCUCAAGCUUGAGCUCUACUCAUUCUGCUUCACCUAACGUGACCAGCUCUGCUCCAUCCAGUGCUAGAGCCUCUCCUCUGUUGUCUGACAAACAUAAACACUCCCGAGAAAACUCUUGCCUGUCCCCAAGAGAGAGACCAUGCAGUGCCAUCUAUCCUACUCCUUCAGAACCUUCGCAGAGAAUGCUGUUUAACCAUAUUGGAGACGGUGCUUUGCCACGAAGUGAUCCUAGCCUGUCUGUCCCUGAGAAGGCUGUAAACACUACCCCCAGCAGCUGGAGCCUGGAUAGUGGGAAAGAAGCUAGAAAUACAUCAGAAAGUGGAAAGCUUAUAUCUCCUCCUGUGCCACCAAGACCCACACAGACUGCUUCACCAGCAAGACAUAUAGCCUCAGUUUCCCCUUCUCCUGUUGGCAGAUCUCCAAUGAAGGGUUCUGUGCAGUCAUUUACUCCAUCUCCAGUGGAAUAUCAUUCCUCUGGGCUCACCUCUAAUUCCCCGGUCUUGUCAGGAAGUUACAGCAGUGGAAUCUCUUCACUUAGCCGAUGUAGCACUUCUGAAACUUCUGGCUUUGAAAGUCAAAGCAGUGAACAAGCUGUAAUUGUUCCCAGCUACAGUGUUUCUGAGGAGCCAGUGCGAAAAGAAAGUAAAACUCCCCCACCUUACAGUGUCUACGAGCGAACUUUGAAACGUCCUGUUCCGCUACCUCACAGCCUUUCCAUCCCUGCCCCUUCGGACCCACCAGCCCUGCCACCCAAACCACAGCUGGUGCGGCCCAGCAAUCUGGAAAACAGCAGCAGGAGGACUGAACAGGUUCCUCGUCCCAGGCCUCUUCCUCGGAAAGUGUCUCAGUUAUAAGAAGUUCCUUUUAUAUUUACUUGCAAUGAAUUCUUUACGGUUUACGAAAUAAUAUUUAAAAAAAGGCAAAAUACAUUUAGUGUAGGCACUUUAAUAUUUUACCCGCAUUUUCUUUUAAGUAAUUUUAAAAAAUGCUUAUUAAUAUUAUGUUGCACAUUAUUAAAUGAAAUUACUAAUUUAGAUUGCCUGAUAUUAUAGGAAGCAUGAGUGAGAUAAUUUCAUUAAUUUCAGGGUGGUUAAUAUUGAUACAUACCUUCUUUGUACCUUAUGUUCAUCCUCAUAAAAAUAAUUGCACCUAAAACCCCAGAAGUACUCAUUUGAGCUAGUUGUAGGCUUCAUACAAAAAAGCAAGACACGUACUGACAGAGCUAAGUAGUAGAAAUGAGUGCAUACUUCCUGGUAAAAGAGUAUGUAUGGUAGGGCAUUUCUGCAAGUACGUUGUAGACUGUUCCCUUCUUGUACAAUCAGGUUGGGAAAUGCAAAUAGUUAUGGUGAAGAAAGGUAGAUAUACAAUGGAAAUUACACUGUUGUGAAAAAGUUGCAAGGAUGUAGUUUGGAGUUGAGUUCUGGGAAACAGCAUUUUUAUUACUUUCCAAGAUUGACAAAUAUCUACAUUUCAUUUAAUGUAGAACGCCUUUCUGGUCAUUGAUUUUUGCUAAACUUUAUUAGUACUGUUUUAGUAGCUUAUCUGCUGUUUCUGGUGCAUUUCUUUCUUUUUGAGGUGUAAUUUACUUUUGCUCUUCCAGUUAGUCAGUACACACAAUCCCAAUAACAAUUACUUUUGAUUGAAAGUUCUCUGUCCCAAAAGAACGAACAUCCCAGUAUUAUACAGGCACAUUUAUAAGGAUACAAGAAUCAGUGCUGGCUAGUAUCAACAUGAAUCAGUAAGUGAACAAAUGUAAUGAGUAUAAAUUGCUGGUUAUGUAUCAGUAAUUUUUAAAAGCUGAAUUGCAGUGGGCAUUAACUCACAAUUCUGCACAAAUUAGUUAAAAGUCUAACAGCUCUUUAGAUAUUUUUAUACCAGUGCAGGUGGUUGGGGGGGGGUGUUGUUUUGUUUUCUUAAUGAAAUUGAUUACUGUCAUCUUUAUUACAGGAUAAAUGGUAGACACAUUCUCUCUCUAAAUUAAUGUAGGUGCCACUCUGCUCUGGCUUCUGGUAGACAGAUUAGUUUGAGAAUCUCAAAAUAGCAUCUCUAGAACUAUGGAAAACCUAGGGCCAAGUUGUAGGAAUGUGGGAAAAGCACCUUGUCUGUGUAUUUUUGUGUCUCUUUCUUUUACCCCCCUGUUCAUAACACUUGGUUGACAAGAAAUGAACUGUAUUUUAAAUCAUGCUGUUAAAAUAUUCUCCCUCUUUUGUUGGGAAACUUAUGUUGAUUUUAACUGUAUUUGCUUUGUUGAUAGCUUAACUGGAAGAAAGUGACCACUUUUUAUAUUCUCUCAAUGAAACCUUCAGCAGAUAUGUACUGUUGAUGGUGGUUAUAGAGGUUUUCUAUAAUAAAUGUUCAAGUAUUUUUGUACAUAACUGGUUAAUUUUAAUAAGGAGUGUACCAUUAUGUGAAAAAGAAGCAAACAGUUGUGUAUGCAGUAAGAUUGUUAUAAUUAUGCCAAAUACUUUAUGUAUGGAGAAAAAAAUAUUUGUACAUAUAUGCUUUUAACAAUAAUUCUGCCAUAUUGACUUUACAAUUUUGAAUGUCAGAAAAAAUUAAUAUAUGUUAAAAUAUUUAUGUUUUAGUGAAAGUAUUCAUAACUGAAAAAGGAACGUAUGAAAUUUAGCUUUGUAUCUUGUUGAUUUUUUGAGGUCUGAAAUUCCUAGCUCUUGCUUUUGACUAUAACAUUUUUGUGUCUGUAACCACAUCAUAAAAGAUGUAGAAGGCUACAUAUUUAUGCUGGUAUAAAGAGGUACUGCCUGAGAUUUUAAAUAAGGUGUCGCAAGUAAGAUAACAAAGCUGCUUUGAUUUUUUUUUUCCCCCCUGUGUGGUUUAAUAGAUUUGUUGACUAGUGCUUGAACACAGUAUGAAUCAGUGUUAUUUGCUCCUGAAGCCAUUUUUUUUAUUUCUGGCAGUGAGCAGAAUUGUUGAAUUGAUCAUUUGCGUGUAUUACUGAAGUCAGCUUUGCAGCAAAACAUUUCAUGAGGUUUGUUUACCCAGAUGCUCAUAUGGUUGCUGCAGGAUGGUAAAUAUGAAAUAAAAUUACUUGAUUAAU